CCGGUAUAUAACAUCUGUCCUCGAGAUGAACAUCACAGAGAGAGCGCAGUAGCAGAGGCGGCACGGUCAAACGGGAGCGGGCUAUUUUUAUACAGAGAAGACGUAACGAGGAAAAAGAGGCCGCUAAAAAACGAAGUAUCACAGAUUGUGUAAAGCUACUGACCUCAACAACAACAGCCACAGAGCAUCAUGGGAGGAGUCGCGCUGGACGAUGGGCCCAGUGGGGUGAAGGCGCCAGAUGGCGGAUGGGGCUGGGCAGUUCUGUUUGGCUGCUUUGUCAUCACUGGCUUCUCCUACGCCUUCCCCAAGGCUGUCAGCGUCUUCUUCAAAGAGCUGAUCCGAGAGUUUGACGUCGGAUACAGCGACACUGCCUGGAUCUCAUCGAUACUGCUCGCCAUGCUGUAUGGCACAGGUCCUCUAUGCAGUGUGCUGGUGAACAGGUUUGGCUGCCGACCGGUAAUGAUGGUUGGAGGGCUCUUUGCCUCGUUGGGAAUGAUUCUCGCCUCGUUUGCCACCAGCAUCUUACACAUCUACCUCUGCACUGGAGUUAUAACAGGUCUGGGUCUUGCGCUGAACUUCCAGCCGUCUCUGAUAAUGCUGAAUCGAUACUUCAGUGAAAAACGACCUCUAGCCAAUGGCUUGGCAGCAGCAGGCAGCCCUGUGGCGCUGUGCUGUCUCUCCCCACUAGGACAGGUCCUCCAGUACAAUUAUGGCUGGAGGGGGGGUUUCCUCAUACUGGGGGGCAUACUGCUCAACUGCUGUGCGUGUGGCGCCCUUAUGAGGCCCCUGUUGGCCCCUAAGAAACCUGCCAAUGAGCUUGAUGGGACGCCCGCAGUGGAAGUGAAGAAGCCCGCGACUAAGAAGAAACUGUUGGACUUCAGCGUGUUCAGGGACCGAGGUUUCCUCAUCUAUACCAUCGCCGCGUCGGUCAUGGUGCUGGGCUUGUUUGUGCCCCCCGUGUUCGUGGUCAGCUAUGCCAAAGGCCUCGGCUACGAAGCCACUCAGUCGGCACUGCUGCUCACCAUAUUGGGAUUUGUGGACAUGUUCGCUCGUCCCCUCGCAGGACUCGUAGCCGGCAUGAAGUCCGUGCGACCCAAAUGCAUCUACCUGUUUGCCUUUGCGAUGAUCUUCAACGGGAUCACCGACCUUGGGGGAUCACAGGCGACUGACUACAAGGGUCUCGUGAUCUUCUGCAUAUUCUUCGGGAUAUCGUACGGCAUGGUGGGGGCCCUGCAGUUCGAGGUCCUCAUGGCGAUCGUGGGGACGGAGAAGUUCUCCAGUGCCAUCGGCCUGGUGCUGCUGAUGGAAGCUAUCGCUGUGCUGUUGGGACCUCCUGGAGCAGGUCGCCUCUUGGAUGCCACGCACAAGUACAUGUACAUCUUCCUGUUGGCGGGCUGCGAGGUCACACUCGCUGCCUUUAUUUUGACCUUUGGAAACUGCUUUUGCAUGAACAAGAAACCGGAAGACCCGCAGGCCAAGCUGGAGAUGGCGGUGACCGCCGCCGAGAGGGAGGGACUGAACUCUGUGGGGGACGCGGGGGACGAGGAGCCAAAGGAUGGGGAGCAUGCGAAGGAGAAGGUGACGACGAUGAAGGAGAGCGGAGAGCCAAACACUGAGACGUCUUUAUAGAGAACAAGUGGAGCGGAGGCAAGAGAUGAACUUUGCCCUCAAGUGUGCACACACACACACACACACACAAGAAAUAGUGUUUAACAGUGUGAUAUACAGUUCUGUGCUAAAGUCUCAGGGCACCAGCAGCGUUGUUGAUUCGGUGUGGGUCAAACUCUGUGACCAGUGGCAUCCGGAUUGGAAUGGUGAGACUGAACGUUGGCAAAAAAGUAUUUAGUCAGCCACCGAUUGUGCAAGUUCUCCCACUUAAAAUGAUGACAGAGGUCUGUGA